AUGCAUCAGCGCGGGCGCCGAAUUGGUAUAGUGCCAAGGCGGCCCCCAGUUCUUACGGAGAAUGCACACUGCGUUGCACUGAAGGACGCGAGUUCCAAUAGGGGCGACACGGGAAAUCCUAGGGGCGUGAAGCGCUUAUAUGCUGACGACGAAGAAGGAGGAGCCUUUUUAUGGGGGUGUAGCGUGGCAACUACAAAUGACCAAAAUGGAGUUCAGAAGCUGCUUGAAAGGGGUGAUCCAAUGCCUCCCAUUGUGGAGCGGCAACUCGGUAGCAGUUGUUUGAUCUCGGAAAGUCCUUUCCGUAAAAUCAUUUGUCAUCCCGAUUCAGACGGCGCUGAGGAGGCCGAAAUUCGUGCGGAGAUUCUGAAUGGCGUCCGCCAGCUACUUCGAGAUGAAUCGGAGGUUGAUUGCCUUGUACGGCUGUGCGCUCUUCUAAAGGAAAAGAAUACUGCGUUACUAGAGCGUGCUAUUCACCGCAGAGGCGUUGCAGAAUGCGCAGAAUUGCUUGAGGAAACUUUGCAAAUCGAAGCCAGUGGCGGAAUGCUGACAAAGGAUGGACGUCGUCGCACGCCAGGAGGCGUCUUUUUGCGUCUUCUACAGGACAGGAUUCCUCGAGAAGACAAGCGAUUUAUAUGGGAUGAGCAGAACAGGGAGCAGAGGAGGCUUAAGCGGCAGCGGAUUCGCAGACAAAGAACUGCAGAAGCGGACGUGUGGUCACACACAGAGCGCACGGAGACAGCUGUGUCGUCAGCACCAACCCUGCAUGAAACCUCGCUGACAGAGUGCGAGGAGCGAGAGCCUGGAGAGCUUGAUGAUGCUGAAAUCCGUGCUCUUGACGAACAGUUAAAGUAG